GAAGCAUACCUAACUCUUUCGUUCGACGGUCUGUAGCUUGUUAUUAUCAUUGGGGCACAUGCUGUAUCGUACGGAAAUAGAAUCGGAGCGUGGAGUGCAACGACCUCUAAAAUAUUUAUUCAGAUUUCCAUGAUGCACCCCGCAUCCUCAAUUUUCCAAAUUUACAGCGGCUUUGCGCUGUUGCUUUUCUCCUGUUCGACAUUCCGACUCUCAUGACAAUGUCCCGAAUAGAAGAGCUUCCCGAUGACUUUGACGAGAGCCUCAGCCUCAAUGAGGCUCCCGCUGCGCCCUCGAUCGAGGAACUGUACGAGCAACAUCUCUCCGGACCCGAUCAAAACCACAUCUCGUCCAAGAGUUUUGAAGAGAUUGUGCAGGAUAUGAGCAAAACACCCCUUUUCAUGAAUAGCGUUGAUGAUGCGACUACGGACGGUACGCUCGAUUCUACUUUUGCUCAUGCGCAUGGCUGAGCAAAACGUGCAGAUGGAGAAAACAUUAUGAUUGAGGCCAUCAAGGCCCUACAGUACGAAGGUACAAAGGCAGAAGUUGCCCAAGGAUUCAAGGAGCGUGGGAAUGAAAUGGCCGCUGAGAAGAAAUGGACCGAUGCCAAAGAGUUCUAUUCCAAAGGGAUAGCAGUCUUGGUCGACCGCGGCGAGGACAAAUGGGACAAACCGCAAGAUAUGGAGGCGGAACAAAAACUGCGAACCACGGUGGAGGAACAACUAUAUGUCAAUCGAGCCCUAUGUAAUCUCGAGCUCAAAAACUAUCGUUCGACGACGCUGGACUGCGCAGCAGCAUUGCGAAUCAAUCCAUCGAAUGUGAAAGCUCACUAUCGUUCGGCGGCUGCUCUAUUUGCGCUUGACAAAGUGCUAGAAGCCCUCGAUGUCGCGUCUCGCGGCCUUAAGAUUGACCCAGACAAUGUCGUUCUGAAGAAACUGUUAGAUCAGAUCAGAGCGCGAGCAACAGUCAAGGAGCAACAGGACCGACGGCGGCGGGCAGAACAGAAAAGGAAGCAACAAGAACAGCUUGUCCUUGCGACGGCAUUAAAAGCCAGAAACAUCCAACUACGAGGUUCUAAGGAUCCACCGAAUCUUGAAGGCGCCUCCAUACGAUUGUCGCCGGAUCCUCUAUCCCCAACGAGCAUGUUGGAGUUCCCGGUGAUGUUCUUGUACCCGAUGCAUAACCAGUCUGAUUUCAUCAAGGCGUGGGCCGAGAAGGAUGCUAUUGAGCAUCACCUAAGCUACAUCCUGCCCCUGCCUUGGGACAGCAAGAAUGAGUACAAGCCGUCGGCGAUUGACUGUUACAUGGACACGGUCAGCGGCGGAUUGAUGAAGAUCGGCAAGAAGUUGACGUUAUUAGAGGCCUUGUCAAAUGGCAAGACUGAGAUUGUGGAUGGACUUGUCAGGAUAUAUGUGGUACCAGUGUCGCUGGCAGGCCGGUGGAUAGACGAGGUGAAGAGGAAAAAGAACAAGUAGAAGGGACAAGAAUACAACUGCUCAGUACCUCGUAUCCGUACGGAUUAGAUAUAAUCUACCUAGACUGUUGCACUGUGUAAAACCAUCAUGCCGCCCUCAG